AUGAGUGAAUUUUGGCACAAACUGGGCUGCUGUGUAGUAGAGAAACCCCAGCCGAAGAAGAAGAGGAGACGGAUUGACCGGACCAUGAUUGGGGAACCAAUGAAUUUCGUCCACCUGACUCAUAUUGGCUCUGGGGAGAUGGGGGCUGGAGAUGGACUUGCCAUGACAGGUGCAGUUCAGGAACAAAUGAGAUCCAAGGGAAACCGAGACAGGCCAUGGAGCAAUUCUAGGGGCUUGUAGCUCCUUUUGAAAUGGUUCCACCAUCUUGAAGACCCCACUCUGUGUCCAGUCCAGAGGAUAUGCUGCCCCCUCCAGAUCCCUCUUAGAACCAGUAACCCCAGGACCUCUCUUUUCCCUGUCUGUCUCACAGUGCCUCAGAAGGCUUGGGGGCUGGACUCCCUCAACUUCCUCUGACUAUGGCCCCUCCUGGAGAUGGGGUCAAGGCAGCAGGACUGACCAUGUGACUACUGGUUGGCCAGAGGAGCUCAGCUGAAGUCCUGGACACCCUCAGAUCUGAGAUGGGAGUUCUUUAAAAACCUUGGAUGAGUUCCGGUCUCCUGAAUGAUGAUCUGGGUGCCAGUUGUUUUUAAAAUCUUAACCUGGAACUCCUUAAACAGGGGUAGGUGGGUGAGAUUACCAAAGCUGAAGCUGGCUUUGCCAAGACGCUCCCUACCUCCCUGCUCUUCCCCUCUUCCUUCCUGGAAUGAACUGAAACAGAUACCAGCCAGGGGCUGAGAGGCGACAACUGUUGAAUCCACGCUUCCUCUUUAGAUUUCAGACUUCAAUGUCACAGCUUCUCAGUCUCUCUGCCAAUACCAUGUCAUUUUCUAGUGAGGCUUCUAACCCUAUAUUUCUGUAGCAUUACUAGUUCCUCAGCAACUUUC